AUGAUUGAUCGUCAUCAUGCUUCAACAGGUCUUAAACGUACUGGAAAGAGCUGCCGGCUCCGGUGGCUAAACUACCUCCGUCCCGAUGUUAGAAGAGGGAAUAUUACACCCGAGGAACAGCUCUUGAUCAUGGAACUUCAUGCAAAGUGGGGAAACAGGUUAGCAAAUAAUAAGGAAUAUGCAUCAGUGAUAUAUAUCAUGAAAAAACCAGAGAGAGAAAGAGUUGUAAGCCCCUGCUACAAAGCAAAGGCAUACAUCAAAGGAAACUCAGAAAUUCAGCAUCUUGCGUACCUCCACAAUGAUCGUUUUAUAAGUGAGUCCAACAUAUGGUGGUCCAAAAUUGCCAAGCAACUACCCGGAAGGACCGAUAAUGAGAUCAAGAACUUUUGGAGGACUAGGAUCCAGAAGCACAUGAAGCAAAAUGAGAGAUGCCAGCAACAGAGUAAUUCUGAGACAAAUGAUCACCAAGCUUGCACUAGCCAAGUGUCUACCAUGGCUGAGCCCAUGGAGACCUAUUCUCCAUCCUGUUAUCAAGGAAUGUUAGAACCAUUUUCAACUCAGUUUCACACAAAUCCUGAUCAUUCCAGUUGUUGUACAAACGACAACAGCAACUACUGGAGCAUGGAGGAUAUCUUAUCAAUGCAGUUAGCCAAUUACUAA